AUGUCUUUCCUUGCUUAGGUGUGCGAAGUUCAGCAGCACAUUCCAACAUGUCCCAAUGGCAACAAAUUCAAAUGCUGGACAAGGUUCACAUGGACCAGAUAGAUUUUCUCUAUUCAGAUGACACCUUACCCAUGGAAGUGCGUCAGUAUUUAGCUUACUGGAUUGAGGAACAAAACUGGAGCCAAGCAGUAGAACUGGACCCCUCAUUAGCCUGCUGUCUUUUCCAUACCAUGUUGUCUUCACUGGAUGAUCAGAUCGGACGUCUGGCGUUGGGCGAAGAGAACAAUGCUAACAUGUUACUUAAGCACAACUUGCGCCGUGCCAAACUGCAACUAUGGAGCAAGUAUCAAGAACAUCCCCAGGAAUUAGCCAUUGCCAUUGAUGCUCUAUUGAGACAGGAGAGAGCAAUUCUGUCCGAAGCUUUUUCUACCUCUCAGGCAAGUGUGGAUCCUCCAUCUGAUUCCCCUGUGCUUGCCAGCCAUCAGCAUAAGAUUGAGGAGCGGCUAAUGGAGAUGCAAAAGACAAUUCACGGUCUGAAAUGUUCAAUUGAGCAACACGACGAUCUACAGGAUAAUUUUGAUUUUUCUUUUCGGACACAUAAACAUUUAGAAAGCACCACUCCCGCUAGUGAACCUAUUCGGGCCAAAAUGAUUGAGAAGUUACAAAGCAUGUUAAAUAAGUUGAACCACUUCCGCCAGGAGAUACUGAGCCAAAUCCAUGAACUUCUCGGACGCUCUGAUACUUUAAGAGAUUUACUUCUGGAGGAGGUAUCAGCAUGGCAAAAUCGUCAGCGGUUAGCUUGCAUUGGAGAGAAAUGUGAUACCAGCUUAUGGCAUCUGGAAGAAUGGUUUACUAAGAAGGCUGAGAUCCUCUUCCACUUGCUGCACCUAUUAAAGAUGCUGACUGGGAUGUACGACAAGGUGACUUACCAGACAGAUCCCCUCAAGAGCCAGUUGCCCCUUCUGGUCAGGCGGCUUCAGGAGCAAAUAAUCUGCCUCUUGAAAAGUGCUUUUGUGGUGGAGGUACAGCCUAAGAUGCAAGUUCCCAAUCAACGUCCAUUGGUGCUAAGAACCAACCACAAGUUCUCCGUCCGGGCCAGACUACUGGUAAAACUUCGGGAUGAAAACAACUCAUUGGUGGUGUCGAUUGACAUUGACCGGGAUGCUACUAAUUUGACCGGGUUCCGGAAGUUCAAUAUUUUGACAUCCAGCACCAAAACCUUGAUUAUGGAUGAUCCCCAAAAGAAAGGACUCGUUUGUGAUUUUAAGUACAUUUCACUGAAAGAGCAGAAAAUCUCGGGUGCAGGGAAAGGCAACAAAGGGAUUAGUGAGGGAUCGUUGUCUGUCACCGAAGAAUUGCACAUUAUCACUUUCACCCUGCAUUACUGCUAUCGAGGUAUCAAGUGCCAGCUACAGACAUCCACCUUGCCAGUGGUGAUUGUUUCCAAUGCCAACCAGCUCUCCAGCGCUUGGGCUUCCAUUUUAUGGUUUAUUAUGCUCAGCAGAGAUACUAAGAACCAACUGUUUUUCUCCCAACCACCAGAGGCCACCUGGGCCCAGCUUUCCAGUGUAUUGUCCUGUCAAUUCUCAGCAGUUACUGAACGAGGCCUGGAUAACCAUCAGCUCAAGAUGCUGGGAGAAAAACUCUGUGGGCCAGGCGUGAACUUACAGAGUACCAUCACAUGGGAUCAGUUUUCAAAGGAAGCGACUGCAAGCACCCCAGGGGACAAUAAUUUCAGCUUCUGGACCUGGAUUGAUGGGAUCCUACUCCUGAUUCAAGAGCAUCUGCUGCAGCUCUGGAAGAAAAAUCUCAUCAUGGGAUUUGUAAGCCGCAAAUAUGAAAAGCGUUUGCUGAAAAGGAAAAUGGCUGGCACCUUCCUGAUACGUUUCAGUGAGAGUACCUCCAAUGGUGGCAUCACCUUUACCUGGGUAGACUUUAACAAUGAUGGUACUCCGGAAUUCCAUUCAGUUGAGCCCUACACCAAGAAAGAGCUGGAGUUCCUUUCACUGCCUGAUAUCAUCCGAGAUUACCAACUCCUGGCUAAAGAAGUUGUUCCAGAGAAUCCACUCCUUUACCUGUAUCCUGACACUCCAAGGGAUGACGCUUUUGGUUCUUACUACAAAGAACGCCGGGAAGUAAGCACGAUGGAAAAAAGAAAAUACUUGAACCGUCGCCUGAUCAGAGUCUCUACGCAACCAGGAGAGACUCAGAUGCCAGAUGUAAAAGAACUACUCCCUAUAAGCAAUGAGUUGGCAGCUGAUGAAGUGCAGAAUCCUGAGUAUAAAGUGGAGAACUGUCUGCUUGGGCAACCAGGAGAGACUCAGAUGCCAGAUGUAAAAGAACUACUCCCUAUAAGCAAUGAGUUGGCAGCUGAUGAAGUGCAGAAUCCCGAGUAUAAAGUGGAGAACUGUCUGCUUGACAAGGAAGAUCCUUUUCUUUUCCAGUCAAACGAAGAGCAACAGGAACCUUCCAUCCUAUUUGAUAUGCCACACUUGCAUGUGGAUGACCCAGAUUUCCAAAACCUGCUCAUCGUUGAGAAUAUAAGCAAUGAUACUCCUGGAAUUGAAAUUGAGGAUUUAAUGAACCUUUAUGCUAAGGUAGAAGUAGGUUCAUGUGUGUAGGACACACACACAAUUCUCUACAUGUCCUUUAUUCCCCCCAUUCUUUCUUGCCUAUAAUAUACAAUCAAGGCCAUCGACAUAUAGGAAAAUAUAUUCUGGUUUCUCUUAGCUUCUCUCCACAAAUCUUUGGACAAAAGUUUCUCCCAUAAAUUGCCACUAUUUAACCAUUUAAGUUCUUUCUUAACAGCUAUUUCUUCUAUCAUGCCUGGAUUGGGGCAAAACUACGGAUGAAGGGUUGGACUCCCUCCUAUGCACAUGCACACCCUUAUAGAAUUCAUGAAAGCUGAAAUUUGUUGACUUCCAAAAGGCUUGCAUGUUGACUGACUCUUGAUUAUACUUGGGAUCAAGUUAAGAAAAAGUCAAAUAGCUCUUCAUUUUGAGUUACAGGAUUUGCAAAAAGCAAGUUUGGGAAAAGGGAAUAUAAUUUACUAGAAUCUAGAAAAGUAGUGUGAAAAAAGACACCCAGAAAUAUAAAAAUGAUGUGCUCAUUCAAUUAUUUGGGUAAGAUAGAGACUUUUUGAAUUAAUGGCUCAGCAACCAUCUAAUUUAUUAGCAGGUGUGUUUGUUUAAAAAAAAAAUAUCACAGUUGCUGCUUGCUAGAAUUAGAGUUACCAUGACAGUAAUCAAUGACUAAUACUGAGCUUUCAUUUCUGUUUGCCUUGCCUCUCAGCUGUAAAUUUGUAAAUAAACAGAUGCUACAAAAUAAACCUUCAGUCUGCAUUCUUUAUGGGAAGCUGAUCCAGUCGAGCUGUUCUGGAAUUUCUCAUCAUAUGGAGAAGUGGCAAGGACCAACCAGAUCAAACUGUACUUUGGUAAAAUUGAGCAAAUACGAGCUGCAUCCACACCAAUGCUUUCCUCAAAUACAUGUGUGUAAUUUUUUACUAUCCUCUGCAAUUCUGGGAUCUUUCACUCCUUUUAUUUUAAUAAUAAAAAAACAUUCAGAUCAUUGUCAAA